AACGAAGAAUGAGAAGUUAAAACCCACACGCUAACCUAACAAUCAAAUCAAAACAAAACAAGCUGGAGUGCAAAAUUCAAAAUAAUAUCCAGAGGCUAGUUAUUCUUUGUCGUAGACAUUUAAAAGAUUCACAAAAUGGACAGUUUAAAUGGGCAUGUGAUGAAUUUAGCAAACAGUAUUAUUGGAGUCAGUGUUUUAGCAAUGCCAUAUUGUUUCAAACAGUGCGGAAUUAUGUUAUCCAUACUUAUGCUCAUUAUCAGUAGUAUUGUUUCAAGAUUAGCUUGCCAUUUUCUACUGAAGUCAGCGAUAUUGUCCAGGAGAAAAACAUUUGAAUUCCUGGCAUUUCACAUAUUUGGAAGUAUAGGAAAGUUAACUGUUGAAAUGGGAAUGAUAGGAUUCCUUCUUGGAACAUGCAUUGCUUUUUUUGUUGUAAUGGGUGAUUUGGGUCCAGAGAUUAUCGCAGAAAUCACAGAUUCCCAUACUACAGAUACUAUGCGUACUAGUAUCCUAAUGGCUUUAGCCCUUUUUGUUAUACUUCCUCUUGGUUUGCUGCGCAAUGUUUCAAGUCUUAAUGGUGUAUCAAGAGCUACAAUAGGAUUUUACUGUUGUUUGGUCCUCAAAGUUAUCUUUGAAGCUGUACCUCAUCUUUUCAGUGGUGACUGGUUCAAAAACGUGAAUUUUUGGCGAAUAGAAGGUAUUCUACAGUGUCUACCAAUUUUUUCAAUGGCCCUCUUUUGUCAAACACAAUUAUUUGAAAUAUAUCAGUCUGUUCAAAAUGCCACACUGGAAAAAAUGAAUAAUUUGAUUUGUAUUGCUGUGAAUAUAUGUACAGGAGUAUAUAUCUUUGUUGGAAUUUUUGGGUAUAUAGCCUUCGCUGAUAAACCGUUCACCGGAAACAUAUUACUGAGUUUUUCUCCAUCAUUUAUGACAGGUGUAAUGAAAAUUGGGUUCAUUAUAUCUGUAGCAUUCAGUUUCCCUUUGGUGAUUUUUCCAUGUCGAGCAAGUUUAUAUUCACUUCUCUAUAAAGAGGGUUACUCUUUACACGAAGGUGUUUCUAAUUACAUCUCAGAAGCAAGAUUCAAGACCCUUACCAUUAUUAUAGUGCUUAUAUCACUCAUUAUUGGAAUCGUUAUACCAAAUAUUGAGUUUGUACUUGGAUUGGUUGGAUCAACUAUUGGUGUAAUGAUAUGCGUAAUAUUUCCUGUGACUUGCUUCAUUUCCAUUUCACCGAAGAGUACUAAUGAAAGACUUUUGGCACAAAUAAUGCUCAUGGUUGGCAUAUUUGUAAUGGUUCUUGGUACUUACAAGAAUUUAUCAACCAUGAAUAAUUUUGAAUCCACUAUCAUAAACAAACCUAUGGUUCAUGUAGACUCAGGUUUGUCUCAUUUGGCAAACAGUGUGGAUAUAUUACCAACUACUUCAAAAAGUGACAGCAAAUCCGAGAUGAUUGUACUUGCCAUCACUGAAGAUAACAGAAUAAAAGAAAUACGACAUGAACCACCUCAGCCUGUGGAGCCAGUAGAAGAAAGUGUUAAAAAUAGUCUGCAGAAUGAGGAAAAAAAAGUGACACCUCUUUUAGUGAAAUUAGAUAUUCCAAAGACAAUGCAGAAGGAACAUAAUUAUUCAAAAAUUGAAGAGGUUGAUAUUGAAGCAAUUGAAAAGGAAGUCAAAGAGGAGCUUUCUCAAAACAAAGAAACACCAAAACAUGAUGACCACCAAAUCCUAAUUGACACCAUACAAAAGCAGAAUGAGGUACAAAAAGAAAUCGUUAAACAGCAAAAGAAACUUAUUGAAGUAAUACAAAGUCAACAGAGAAAGAAUGAAGACAAUCAUGAUAGUGUCAAAGAAGAGAAACUCAAAGCAGUCAAGGAGAUUGAAACCAUAGCCCUAAAAGCUAUAGAAAAAAUCAGUGGAGGGGAAGAUAGUAAAAAGGUUGUUAAAGAACUAGAAAAAAACAUUCAUGAAGCCGAGUGGAAAAAUUCACCAGAUCUCAAAAAUACAGAAGUAAAUGUUAAUAGAAUGUCUUCAGAUGAUAAUGCAACAAAAAUGGAGAAAAACGUUAUCCCAGAAAAUAAAAUUGUCCAGAAUGAAAUGAACUCAGAAUUUAAUAUCAAAGGCGAUACAAAUAGAAACAUGAUUCCUGAAUCUUCAAUUGGAGGUUCAAAUAAAAAUUUGCUUCUAAAAACGGAUGUACGUAAAGUUGGUAAUCCUAACGUUAAUAUUAAAGAAACUUCUAACAAAGAAAUUGGUUACUUUAGGACAGAAAAACCUAAAAAUGCCAAAUAUCUACAGACAAAUCAACAUGAUUUCAAUUAUAACCAGAGAUCCCAUAAUAAUUCACCCAUCCAGUUGAAAAACGUCACUUCAAAUAAGUCAAACGAUACAGCUCCAUUAUUUUUGAAACUUGGAAAAGCUGAAGAAAAUAGGAAAAAAUUUCACAAGAAAAAAAAAUAACCUCUUCCUGUUGCAGUGGCAAAUGGUUUGAAAGACGACAAAUCUGUAGGUGAAAAUACAUUUUUGAGUGAAAAAAAACAUGAAGAAAAUCGUAAUUUGCCAAAAAAUCAAUUACCAAACAUUGAACAAGACAUGAGAAGGGAUAUACUAAGUUUAUCAACUAGAAAGUAAUGUAAUGAAGUAGUUCAACAUACAGAUGUCUGUGAUUUGUAUAAUGUAAUAUAAAUAGUUAGUACUC